AGAAGCAGCAGCCGAAGGUAAGAAGUGUGGAGUAAAGCGGAUGCCAUGACAACAUGCUGACCCUUUUAGGCGGCAGAAUCUCCUUGGCACAUGGAUACAGCACUUCAGACCACUGGACCCGGACAACCUUUCAAUGUCAUUGACAAACGGUGGUUCUCUCAAGGUAAUAUCCCCCCUCCUCUCCUCUAUGGAGCGCACUGAGCUCUCCUCCUCCUCCUCCACCUCUGAAGUCGUCAUGCAGAAGAAAGGCGCAGCCUCCAGCCGCGCGCAGAGCCGCGUGGACGAGUCCGGCUCGCGCGUCUCCAGCCACGCCGCCACGGAGGAGGCGGAGGACGGAGACGGAGAGGCUAAGUUUCAGCUUGCGAGGCUCAGACGCGGAGGAGCAGGAGGAGCAGGAGGAGGAGGAGGAGGAGGAAGCAUCCGGAUGAAAAACUUUAGCGCGGCGGAGAGGAAGGAGCAGCCGGCGCGUGCCGGUGAUGCUCCGGGACGAAACGAAACGGACGACGGCGGUGGAGGAGGAGGAGGAGGAGGCGGAGGAGGAAGGACAACAACUUCAUCCGUGACGCCGGAAGGACCGGCCGAAGCACCUGCACCGUCCGGCACCAAGUGCAGCAAGAACGGUGAGUGCCGGCGGGACUCUGGCGCGAGCAGCCUCCGCUCCAUCAUGUCCCGACAGGACGGUGGACCCAGGCGCGCCGCAUGCAACUCCACGGCCAGCGCGGACGGCCCCAGCACGCCCGCCGGUGACCGGGACCUCCCGGACAAGAGGGACCCACGCGUGUCGUUCUCUAACGCGCCCAGCCGCAAAGCGUCCUCGGCGGCGCACGGAGCGCAGCAGCCGCGCAGCUCCGUCACCUUCCUCAAGUCUGAGGACGGAGUGCAGGCAGCGGCGGGCGGAGAGGACGCGGAGGUGCGCGGCAGCCAGGGCAGCUUCAUGCAGAGGCAGUUCGGGAGCAUGCUGCAGCCGGGGGUCAACAAGUUCUCCCUGCGCAUGUACGGCAGCCAGAAGGCCGUGGAGAGAGAGCAGGAGCGCGUGAAGAGCGCGGGAAACUGGAUUAUUCACCCCUACAGUGACUUCAGGUUCUACUGGGAUUUUACAAUGCUGCUUUUCAUGGUGGGUAACCUGAUCAUCAUCCCUGUGGGCAUCACCUUCUUCAAAGACGAGACCACCACACCUUGGAUCAUCUUCAACGUGGUCUCCGACACCUUCUUUCUCAUGGACCUGGUGCUCAACUUCCGCACGGGUAUCAUCAUCGAGGAGAGCUCGGACAUAAUCCUGGACCCCAAGACCAUCAAGAAGAAGUACCUGAAGACCUGGUUCGUGGUGGACUUUGUUUCGUCCAUCCCCGUGGAUUACAUCUUCCUGAUCGUGGAGAAGGGAAUAGACUCGGAAGUGUACAAGACGGCGCGGGCCUUGCGGAUCGUGCGCUUCACAAAGAUUCUCAGCUUGUUGAGGCUCCUGAGACUCUCCAGGCUCAUCCGCUACAUUCACCAGUGGGAGGAGAUCUUCCAUAUGACGUAUGACCUGGCGAGUGCUGUGAUGCGGAUCUUUAACCUGAUCGCCAUGAUGCUGCUGCUGUGCCACUGGGAUGGCUGCCUGCAGUUCCUGGUGCCCAUGCUGCAGGAUUUCCCCUCCGACUGCUGGGUCUCCCUCAACAAGAUGGUGAAUGACACAUGGAGUGAGCUGUACUCGUUUGCUGUGUUUAAGGCGAUGAGUCACAUGUUGUGUAUAGGCUAUGGGCGGCAGGCUCCGGAGAGCCUGUCCGAUAUUUGGCUUACCAUGCUCAGCAUGAUCGUGGGAGCCACCUGCUACGCUGUCUUCAUCGGCCACGCCACUGCCCUCAUCCAAUCGCUGGACUCCUCUCGCCGCCAGUACCAGGAGAAGUAUAAACAAGUGGAGCAGUACAUGUCCUUCCACAAACUUCCGGCAGACUUCCGACAAAAAAUCCAUGAUUACUACGAGCACCGCUACCAGGGAAAGAUGUUCGAUGAGGAGAGCAUCCUGGAGGAGCUCAAUGAGCCACUCAGAGAGGAAAUAGUGAACUUCAACUGCCGGAAGCUGGUGGCCUCCAUGCCUCUGUUUGCCAACGCUGAGCCCAACUUUGUGACAGCCAUGCUGACUAAGUUGCGCUUUGAGGUUUUCCAGCCCAGAGAUUACAUCAUCCGCGAGGGCACCAUCGGCAAGAAGAUGUACUUCAUCCAGCACGGUGUGGUCAACGUCCUCACCAAAGGAACAGUGGGAAUGAAGCUUUCCGAUGGCUCUUAUUUUGGAGAAAUCUGUUUGUUGACACGGGGUCGGCGAACGGCAAGUGUUCAGGCAGAGACGUACUGCCGCCUCUACUCACUCUCAGUGGACCACUUUAACGAGGUGCUGGAGGAGUACCCCAUGAUGAGGAGAGCUUUCGAGACCGUUGCCAUUGACAGGCUUGACCGUAUAGGUAAGAAGAACUCUAUUCUAAUGCACAAAGUGCAGCACGACCUCAAUUCGGGUGUCUUCAACAACCGUGAGAAUGAGAUGAUCCAGGAGAUUGUCAAGUAUGACCGCGAGAUGGUGAAGCUUGUGGACCUGCAGCGCCCGAGAGCCAUGUCCAUGACGCCUUCCAUCCCCGGAGGCAUCUUUGCCCCUCCUGGUCAAUCCCAGGGUGCCUCUGCCAUCGCCACCCUCCAGCAAGCCGUAGCCAUGAGCUUUUGCCCCCAGAUGGCCAGCCCUCUGGUGGGGCAGGGUGCGUUGCAGUCCCCGCGAAUGGUCAGACGCUUCCAGGCCAUCCAAAACCUUUCCAGCCCUGUGUCCAUCUCUCCCAUGCAGUCACAGCCGAUUCCCGGGGGAGCCUAUGCUGCUGCGGCUACUUCCAGCCCGCCAGUGCAGAGCCCAUUAGCAGCAAUGGGUGGCCGGACAUUCCAAUAUGGCUGCAGCCCAAUGGGUGGGCGCACGGGAUCUCAACUGUCCCUUAUCCAGCAACAUGUGCCCAGUCCUACGCGGGCCACCCCGCAGAAGAGUGCCCACUCCUUGCAGCAUGGGGGCAGCUUGACCCAGGAUGCACGGGCCUUGUCGGCUUCCCAACCUUCUCUGCCCCAGGAUGGCCCACCAGCUGUAGGCCCCAGCCCACCACCAUCAACCCAUGUAUCCUCUACAUCCAUUGGUCCACCACAAGCCCCUCACCCUGCCAUUCCUGGGCCUUCUGGAGUUAGAAGUGCUGUGCCUCAAAGAAUGGCACUGCCCCCCCAGACAUCAGCAGCAGGACCUGCUUACCCCUCCACUCCACAACCUGUGGGUACCCCUUCGGUGGCCGGUGGAGCAGCUAUUGCAGGACAAGGUCAUCUUGACCCAAUAGUGCACAAGAAAGAUUCAAUAGUUAGUCUCCCAGAAACAGACUCCGCUAGAUCCAGGCUGUCCUCGAACCUCUGACCGGAACAUGCACUAUUGGCACUAUUGUGAGUCACAAUGAAUUCUGUUCCCCGGGUUCUAUCGAUGCGAUAUUUCUGUUCGCUUCUAACAGCCUUCAGUGAAGGAGGCAGAAUCUGAGCUUUGUAACUGAUGAGAAGGGGGAUUAAUCAGACAGAUGUACUACUACUAGAUAUAACGUCGCUACUGUAACUAGGUUGAAGCAAGUAGGGUGUUUCUAGUCGACCCACUUGCAUAGUUAGUCACUUUCGCAUUCAGCUAAUAAAAAUGCCCCCUUGCUGUCUUUGUUAUGAAGAGGGAUGGGGUGGAAAUUCUGUUGCAUACUCUGUAGAGUCCAUACAAUGCAAUCUGGCCUGAGCUGGGACUUAAGUUUAAAAAAAAAAUAAAAAAUCAGGGACUUGCAUCAGAUGACAAUGAUGAAAUUUUAUGCUUUGCAAAAGUGUUUUGAGUGUCCUUUUUUUCUGUAUAAGCUAUAAUUGUAGCAAACUAAUUAACUGUCCAUAUUCUUGUAAAAUAUCCAUGAAAAUAGUAUUACAGACCGCGGGUCGAUCUUACAUCGAUAUGUAAAUAGGAUAAAUGAGGAAAAAAACCCAGUAAAUAUCUUCAUUGUAUUUACUCAAAAACCAAAGUUGAGCUUGAACACAAAGUUUGGUUGUGUCUGUGUCAACUGAGAAAAAAGAAACGCCAUUUAUUUAACUGCCUUGAUUCCGAGUUUAGAAGCCAUAUACAUGGUUUGUGUGUGUCUAUGUGGGAGCACAGGAGCAUGUAAGCCUGUUAUUCAUUGAUCUGUUUUCUCAAGAGAGUGCAAAGCUACUGUAGUGUUUUUUUUAAGUGUUUUGCUGGGCAUUUUUGAUGGAUGUGUGCACAAUGGCUAAGGCAAUACUCGGCAGACUCUGGGCUGCACUGAAAGUUUUUACUGAUGAAGACCAAUGACUCUGUCACUGGUAGCAGAGGAACCAAAAGAAUCGAAAUCUCUGAAACAAGACUCAACUCGUGCUAGGUUUUUUUUUUUUUUGGAUCCAAGUUGAUCGUUUCAUGCAAUAUGAUUCUGCAAUACGCUAACCCUGCUUAUUGUCUGAAUUUUUAAUGUUGCAAUGCGAAUACUUUAUUCUGUAGGUAAUGAGGUACAGUUAUGAGAGGGACAAACUUUGUGUAUAAUGAGUUUUGCUUCAGGCAUAACUUUCUCCAUUUUACACUAGCACUGAAAUAUACUGACAUUACAGAGUGAACUGGGGUUUUCCUGCAAAGUUGUUGUUGGUGGUAUUUAAAUUUGUGGCAUUUCUAGACAUCUUAAAGUGCUGCACUAAUACACUUGAUUCAAUUUAGGCUGAACUGAUUGUUGUUUCUUUUUAUAUUUUCCUAUUUGUAGCCUAAUUUACCUGCAAAAAGUCAAAUACUUGUGUUUUGUUGUGGCAUUCAAUUGCAUUGACUUAAAAAAUAACCAAUUAUUUGUGCAAUUUAACCAGUAUUUACAAUGCUCUGCACUUUAAUGAAACCUCCAAGGUAGGUCUUACCAUGUUUAUCUGGCCAAUGUAAGGGUUGUUGUGGAUGUUGACCACAUCGGUUGUUUUGGUCAUUGGCUGAAACAUCACUGUUGUCUUGAUUUAAAGAUGUUUCACCUCAACAGUACGUAGUCGCUUGUUUCAUAGUUAACCGCUGCAGUUUUUCUUUUCACUUAAACUUGGAUUGACAGCUGUAUAUAUGAUAUUGUAAAUCAACAUGUGAAUCUGAAUAGCAAUGUUAGCUAGGGGAGGGACUUAGUACUCAAGAAAAAGAAAACUGAACUCAGAUGGCAAUAGGUGCGUACUUAGUUUCUGAAUGUAUGCCAAUUGGCGUUUUAUGACAGCAAAAUGAAUAUCAAUUACUGCCAUGUAAAUAGGAUCAUAUUAAGUAAUGCAAAACAGAACGCGUGUGUGUUUUUCUGAGUGUUUAUUGUGGUGAUCAACUCUUGAUUAUGCUAAUUAGAUACUUCUCAAAUUUUUUUAUUUUUUUUAAAUGUCUGGUGUUGUUACCACUAUCCCCCACUGGAGACUGGGUCUUAGGUUUGAAAGUACAUGAAGAUGUUAUACAAUAAAGCACACAGUAUCCCCAUGAGCGCCCUCUAGAGGGCAAGUAUAUCGCCACAUUCCUAACAACCAUACCGAGUUGACCUGUGGUGGGUUUUACGAUUUGAUGACAUGGAUAUAGGCAGCUUAAUGAGUGUGGUAAAUCAGCACUGUAAACAUUUCUGCUAUUCAAUUCUAAGACUAAGAUAAUAACUUGUGUUUAUAUAUCCCUUUAUUACAGCAUUUUCUUUUACAUUUUAGUAAUUAAUUUCAUUUACAUUGGUAAGUGUAACACUGUUGUCGACUGGGCUGUCUUUCACCAGGGGUUUUGCAUUAGCGCCAUAACGUACAAUAAGCAUCUGUACAACCAAAUAAAUGUCCAUUUCUGGUCCUCCUGAGCUGGCAUUGCCAUUUACCAGCAGUAAUGUGAUCACAUGAUCAAAUAAAUCCUAGGAAAAAAAAAAAAGCAUGAGAUAGAGUGACUGUCCAGCUGGGCUCCAUGUAACUUGAUUCCUGAUUUGUUAUACUAUCGCUUGUCUUUAAUUACACAAGCAUAAUACAUUCUGUGCUGUCCUUUUUUUGCCUGUACGGUGCAGCUUUCUGUUUUGUUACAGUUCUACUUCCUAUUGUCAGAAGUGCACAAUAAUGCAUUUGUUUCUAUUUUAUCAUUGUGUCUACAGUAGAUCCCCAGCCUACUGACAGCUGUAUUGUGAGUGAGAUGAACCAAAUGAAUGAAUACCUGCUGUAUGUAUAUCACUGCGGUUAAACUGCAAAUUAUUGGAACUGUUUAUUUUUGUUACCAUGCACAUAUGAUAGAGUUAUAGCCCUAUUUAAGCUGCUAUUUUGGCUCUACAAGACUUGGGAGGUUUGUGUGAAAGGUGGUCAUAUGAAACCCCCCCCACCCCAACACACACACACACACACACUCCACCCCUUACUUAAAGGAAUGCUACAUGCCGAAUUCCAAGGCUGGCUUUACAUGGGGAAACUUUGCAGGUUACAACUUGUAGCAUGUAACACAUUCAGUUAUCCAGAUAGAAAGCAUAUAUCAGUCCACUGACUUGGUAUGGAGGGCACCCCGCUAAUGGUAUGCCACUGCUGGUCCACCCACAGACUACCCAGAUUAUUGUCCUGCAUACAUGACUAGUCUAACUAGUUUUUAUUCCCCUCAAACAGAUUUUAAAUGCUCCUAGCCUUUUAUUUUGGAAAAUAAUAUAUGAAAAAUAUUACAAUUGCUAGAAAAAAAAAAACUAUGCCUGUUUUUAAAAUAAUCAUGAUAUUGCUGUUAAAAUUUUUUGUUAAAGUUAUUUACAAAGGAUAAGGACAGAAAACGAGUAAAUUGGACUGUGAGUAGAAAAUGAGUAAUGAAAAAGUACCAUUUUGCCCACUUGGCUGUCCAGAAAACACUAAGCUAAAAGCCAGUGGGCUGCUAGCCUUGCUGUCAGUGGGCCAACAGUGGCCCACUAUCCUCUUGCUAUCUGAGUGUUAAUUACUUAGCAAGAUAAGCCGUUAGCAUUUUUCAUAGUUCAUGUACUUUACAUGUACAUUUAUUUAAAAGUUUCUUCAUGUAUAGCCAGCCUAGCAUGGCUAACACUAAAUGAAUACUGCUGGUGAUUUCAUUUGCAUAAUGCUAGCUGGCCUCCACUGACUAUUAGCAACAUUAGCAGUUCUAAGUGAAGUGUUCCUUUAAGUAGACAUUUGGAGUAGUACCCUCUACGUUUUACUGUAAGCUUGACAUGCAGCUCAUGUGAAGUCCCUGACGAAAACUCUUUUGGUCAGAAAGGCCAGCACUGAAGCUGAACUAAGAUGGACAAUUAUUGGAAAGUACCAUCAUCCAAAAGCUCCUGUUUCACAGUACAGGACGUAAAUGGUACAAAAUGCCUUGGUAUAAAAAUGUCUUAGUAAAUCAGGGUACUUUAUGUUUCUGUUCUGAGAAGUGUUUUUUUUUUGUUUGUUUGUUUGUUUGUUUGUUUUCUGUUUUGUUUUUUCGUAUUUACAGUGUGCCCCAACGCACAAUGUAAUGUACAUACCUAGUGCCUAGUAUACCUAGUUUCCACAUAGUCUAUUUUAGUGGUACGUGGCUCUGUAAAAGAAUAAGUGCAAACUAUGUGUUUUUUUUUUUUUACCUUGCAAUAUAUGUACAAUAUAGCUGCUGAAUAGUUGUUAGCAAAUGAAAAACGAAUAAUCCAGCAUAAUCUUCCCCACGUUGGAAGAUACGACUUGCACAUUCAUGUCUGUCCUGGACCCUUGAACAGCAUGCGCUGUCUGUACCCGUGGUGCACUGGGGUUGAGUUGACUUGCUGGGACGCACAUUGUGGAGCACCUGCCAAAACGCCUGGCUCCACCUGAACGCUGGUUUUCGGUGGAGCCGCUGUUGCAAUCCAUAGACAUCACGCCAGAUGGCUUGGUGCUUUUCGAAAUCAAAUCCACCUCUGUAGUAGACUAGAUGUCAGCUGAGCACACACAGAUAAACAGAAAAACACAGCAGGUCUGAUUAUAUUAAAUAUAUUAGAAAUCUUUAUUAACAUAUAAGCAUGCAUAUAUAGUUUUCAAUGAAGUGUAUAUAACAGAGACAAUUUUACACACACACACACACACACACACACACACACACACACACACACACACACACACACACACACAAACAUAUAUAUAUGAUGUUACAAGAUAACACAGACAACUGCAGCAAGAAUCAUAAUUAGUUCCUCUUUAAACAGUACAAAUGUCAGAGGCUACUUUUAGUUUAUUUCCAGUCAAACAGCUAUUUAAUGCAAGUACAAUAGCAGAAAACAUAUGUUUAACAGAAAAUUGCACAGACACUUCAACAACCAUGCAACAACAAAUAUAAUUUGUUUAAAUUUUGUCAGUAUUUAGUGUGGCCACCCUUUACCUUUAUUACAGCUUCCAUUCAUUUCAAGAGACUUUCAGUUUUCCAAAGAAAUCUGCAGGGAUAUUUUCCACAUGUCCAAAGUUCAGUCUUAGAAGUUGGUUGCAUUUUCUGUUUCUCACGAUUCAAGUAAUCUAACAUUCCAUGAUGUUGAGGUCUGGACUCUGGGAUGGUCAGUCUAUUGUUCUGGGAAGAUUCUUUUUUUUGUGUAUUUCUUUUUCUUUUAAAAAGAUGAAAAUGUUAUUGUUUACCUGAUGGUGGUCUAGUAGGUCUUCCAUGGUGGUCCCAUUUUCUCUACACUUUAUAAUCAUGUUUUAAACUCCAAUUUUAGAAAUACCUGUUUUUUUUCCCUUCCUUAUGGAUUUAUAUAUACUCUCAACAGGAAUAUCUUGAAAAAUUAAUAACUUGGACUUAAUGGCUGUUAGACUGGAAAUUAGAUAAGUAAAAGGGUGGUACCUGGCUUUUUCAAAGUACUUUAUACAUGUCUAUUUCAAUAUGACAAGAAAGAGAGUCCUAUGGCAAUUGACCUGCAAUUUCACACUGAAAGAAGUGAGGCCUUAAUUAACUUGAUUUAAAGAUGUUCCUCAUUUCUACAUGAAUAAAAUAUAUAGUAUAAACACAGUUAUUGCCAGACAUCAAUUUAAAGUGGAGAUUGUGUUGUAACAUAUUUAAUUCAUGUGGAAUGAUGUACAUGUUUGAAUCAAUGCCUCACCUUAUUCAGUGCAGCGUAUCAUAAGGUUUUUUUUGUUUUUUUUUGUAAUUUAGAGAUUUGAAAGCAUUGCUGAAUUCCCCUGAAAUGUGGACGACACUGAAAUGCAUUAGCAAAGGCCUAAUUGGCCUUUUGUUGCUCUGAAAGCCCAUGAGUGGAGUGUAGUAGCAAAGCCUUGUUAGAUCCCUGCUUGUUUUGUAGCGCCUGUCUUUAAAAUGCAGAUGGUGAGCUCUUCCUAGAGAUGUGAAUUUGAAUGUAACAGCGGAUGACAGAUUUCGCUGCGUGUUUUAAUGCUGAAUAUUCAUGCCAGUCCAUCCUGCCAUGUAGUCUUAAGUGCUAGCAUGGCUCUUAAAUGCAUCUUCACAAGAGCAAAUUAACUUUGCUAGCAUAAAGUCAGUAGCUUCUUUGAUUAAACGUAGCUGUCUUUUCAUUAAAGCUCCCUCACUUUCUCUCUUUCUGCUGUAGUUGUGUGUGAACAAUUCACCACCAAAGUGAAGAACCAAAAGCUACAGCAGGGCUGUGCAGUCAGACUGGCAGUGAUUUUAAAAAGUGUCAGAUUAAGCGCUCUUUCGGCUGCUGCGCAUAAAAUGGCUUUGGAUUUGUGUCUGUUUCUGCUGAUUCAGGCCUGGCUAAGCCCCGAUGGGGCUAAGUGAAGGCUAGAAAGGCCUUCCAAGGAUGUUUAGCUGUUUAGCAGGUUGCAAACAUCCAAACUAGUGUCACAUGUUAUUAGCGUUAACAGGGAGACAAAUUCUACCCCAUUGUUUUCAAUCUGCCUAGUUUCAAUUAGCUACAACUACAUAGUGCACCUCCGUAGCAUAGCAUAACUGUGUUAUAUAGUGACUCUAUACAUACAUUGAAGUGGUCCGGUUAGAAUAAUUAACUUGUUUUGCUAAGAAAGAACACAUUAUAGGUGGAACAUGGACAUUCAAAACUACGUUAAUAACAUAACACUUUGUGGCCUCUGCAUUCUGUUUAUAACUGAAUCAAACUUAGCUUGCUAAGUUGAUGUAGAUGGGCAGGUAUCCACGCAUUAGCACUUAUUGGUCUUUUAUUACUAUUAUUAGUUUUAUUAGUUUUUAUUACUAGAAACAUGGAAUAUAACCCAUUUUAAACACAGUGUGAUGAAUGUUAGCCUAUAGUACAACCUUGUCUUACUGUAAAAGCGACAACCAUCAUCAUAUCUGUUGUAAACAGGUCUACAUACCUCCUACAGCAAUGCUGGUGUUGUCUCUAGAGUGAGAUUUUCCCAUUUAAAGACUAGCAAAUACCAUCUGAUGAAAUUUUGUGAGCUGACUUUUUACUUUACCUCAAUUUGGCUUCUUUUCUCUGGAUAAAAAAGUCAAUUUUGUGCUGAAGAAAGUUAAUAUUGCUGUUUUUUAUGAUUUGGCUUGAUGAGUGACUUAAGAGUUACACUAAUGUUAACUUGGUUGCAGUUAUAAGCCUAUAUAUCAGUGGCUAGGAUAGCAGUCAGGGAUUCCUAUGGUUGUAUGAGGUGUUUCGUAAUGCAUGACUUAAAAACAUAAAAUGUUUUUAAGUUUCAGAAGUUCAAAGGUAUAAUGCUGAGCUAAAGAAUAGUAAAUAACACAAGAAAUAACGUAUUAAACUCCAGUUUAAUGUAAGAAUGCCCCUUAAAUCUAACCUUCUGUUGAAUGAGACUAUGUUUAAAUGAUUUUUUUACUUACUUGUUUGACUUAUUUAUCAUUUAAAGAAUGUUUUAUUGGAAAUCAAGUUAAUUAAACUGUAAGAAUUUGAUUAUUUUUCUAGUCUUUAGAUGGCAGUAUUUUUUUCCUUCAUUUUUUGCCAUAGUAUUGGUGUCACAUUAUGGUACUACAGGUAUCAGAAUAACUGUAGUUAACAAUCUAAAUGAUUGUCAUUGUCAGUCCAUCUGCUGCAGUGGUUAUAAAAGGAAGAGCUAUGGCUUUGCUGCAGCACUCCUGAUGUUCGAGGCUCGGUCAUGAUUAGCUACGUGUAGGUAUGUGUGUCAGUGUGCAUGCACACUCACUCAGCACUCCUUCACACGCCGCAUAGUGCAGAUAUUAGUCAUCCGUCACCUGUGGAGGUCGAUUGAAGUGCAGUGGGCUAUGAUGGCCCCGUUCCAGUCCACAGACACUGUCUUUUCCUGCCCCCCUUCCCUUCGUUCACGAUGAUUCACCUUAAGUACUGUUCAGGCAGAAUUACUUUAGUAUGACAAGCUGGGGUAAUGGAAUUGUUACCAGAGUAUCUCUGAUCUCUGUGGCUUUAAGCCCGUCCAGAUCCAUCAUAUGUGGGGGUUAUGUAUUGUACAGAAUAUGAUCAUGUGAACUGAUACUUUGAUUUCAGCUUUGAUGGUGUGAGUCCUGAACAAUUCAUUAGUGAUACUUUCUUUUACAAAAGAAUGCUAUGUAAAAACAUCUAUAGUAAUAGCAUUAUAUAGCAUUCCGCGGGUCAUGAGUAGAGCGCAUGCUCUAGUACGUCAUGGUUCUCUUGUCAUAUCUAUCCAGCUGUAUUAACUGAAAGCUGUGCUAAUAGCUGAGGAGUGUACAGUCAGCCAUCAAAGUAACAUCAUCCUGUCAUCCAGCAGGUUACAGGACAUUUACAUGUUUACAGUCGUAUGCAAAAGUUUGGGCACCCUUUGUCAAAUGACGUUUUGCUGAAUUUUAGGUGAAAAUUAGCUAACAAUCCGUGACAGAGAGCACAUUUUAAUACACACUACUAACACUACUGUUUACUUGCUGAAUAUAUUUGGGAGGGGGAGGGGUGAACGUUAAAAUGUGGCCUGUGCAAAAAUUCUGACAUAUUUUAUCUUUGUUUUUUUUCACUAUUUAUUAUUUCUUUUUUGUGGGUGAUGACACAAAAACUGUGUAACUGGGGGUGAUCUGUUAUUUGCAUUUGUUCAAAUCUGUUGUUAGUUUCAUCCAAGCACCCAUCUAGAUUCAGGAAAAGCAUGUUUAUCGGAUUGCUGAGACCGAUUACUUAAGUAUUGAAAUUUGGUAAUGAAUGGCUGAAUUUUCUGGAACUCUGCGGUAUUGAAAUCAUAUCAUUAACUUUCUGUGCACUGUGUUUCUGCGUUCGAAAAGAGAGUAAAGGACAGAAAUCCAGCUUUAGGAGCAUUUCCCCAAAAUGGUCCACAAAGUCUGCGUCCCACAAAGUGCCAUUGUAACGAAAAUAGUUGAUGCUGUUAAAAGUUGGCCAUUUAAUCUUAAACUAGCCAUUUCGCCCAUGCACAGUGUACAUUUGACUAGACUUGCAUAAAAAGUUGACGCUCACCUGUGUUGCGGUACGUCUAAACAGCUGACAUGGAACUAAGAUAGUAUGAAGCAUGAACAUGUAUUCUCUGCAGCCCAUAUCAAGUCGAUAAGAAUUGGCCUACUUCAAGUGUACAAAGCUGAAAGCACACCUGUAGUCUUGUUGUGUGUGCUGAUGUUGAUGGUUGGCUGUAAACUCCUAAACUAAUGUCACUACAGACAGGUAGGUAGAAACGAUAAGAGAGAUUACAGUACAUUUUUGAGCAUAUUAUAUGCUUGUGAGCUCUGGAAGCUACACAUUACAUAUUGAACAAUGAUGACACCAUGUAAGACUUGCAGACACUUGAUCUUAUAAAGUUCUUAUUUAAUUGCAAAUUGGUCAUCCAAUUUGCCCGUGGUAACAUUACUUAAUGGAAAACAUAUCUUGUCUGAAAAUGACAUACGUAAUGUAUGUAAUUUAGUAGCAGCUAUCAUGUUUAGGUAUGAUGCAUCUUUCUUACAAACUACUUUUUAUUGUUGCACAGUAAUUAACUCCCAGUAAGCCGUCCUUAUUUCCUUCCUUUCUCUCUAGCGUUUCCCAUAAGCAUUUCACUCACUCCUUCUCUCUCCCCAUUACCAUUGAUCUUUUAGAUGAAAGCAAGUGAAACUGAUGGUAGCCCUACAGCAAGGUCAGCUGUAGCUUGUAAAGUGCAGCAUGUCCUGCGAUGGGAAAAUGUGGGCUGUUACACAAGCAGUGGUGGUUCAUACAUCUACACAGCAAUGAUAUGAAGUGAAAGAUCAGGCCGCGUCUGUUCUGGAGUGAUGUCUAUGGUAGUGACGUGCUAAAGCUCCUGGUACUAAGCAUUACUUGUCUUUUUCAAUAACCUGCUCCGUCAGUAGCAAUGUUGUCAAAGCGUUCCUUACAAAUGACUACUUGUUGUGCAAUAAAAAUCGAGAGCAUUGGCA